AUGCGAGCCGCCAAGUCUAAGCCCUUCAGUUCUUCUGUUUCUGGGUAUUCAUGGAAUGAGGUUAAGGUUUGGUGCAAGCAAACCCCAAAUCCUCAACCGUGUGAGUACUUCAUGAACAACAAUCCCAUUCACAGCCAAAAGAUCAUCAAACACAAAGAUGAUUUUCUCAAGCUUUCUCUUCAAGUAGCCCAGGAGAGAGCCCUGAAAGGCCAUGCAAACACUGUUUCAUUAGGACCAAAAUGUAGGAACUCACGUGAGAAAGCUGCAUGGGCUGAUUGCAUAGAGCUUUACGAGCAAGCCGUCGAGAAACUCAACAAAACCCUAAACCCCAACACCAAGUUCUCCCAAGUAGAUGCUCAAACAUGGCUCAGCACGGCUCUCACCAACCUCGAGACGUGCCGAGCAGGCUUCUACGAGCUCGGAGUUCAAGACUUUGUGUUGCCUUUGAUGUCCAACAAUGUCACUAAGUUGGUGAGCAACACUUUGGCUCUGAACAAAGUUGAAUACAAAGAGCCAAGUCAUAAAGAAGGGUUUCCAACGUGGGUUAAGCCUGGAGAUAGGAAGUUGUUGCAGUCUUCUUCAUCUUCUUCUCGGGCCAAUGUUGUUGUGGCCAAAGAUGGAUCUGGCAAAUACACAACUAUAAGUGCUGCUAUAAAUGCAGCACCAAAGAGUAGUAGUGGGAGAUAUGUGAUAUAUGUGAAGGCCGGAACCUACAACGAACAGGUAGAGAUAAAGGCAAAGAAUAUAAUGUUGGUGGGAGACGGCAUUGGGAAGACUAUAAUCACAGGAAGUAAAAGUGUUGGAGGAGGCACCACUACCUUCCGGUCAGCCACUGGUUAUUAUGGCUGCUUCAGAGUUAAAAGCAGCUCAGAGCUCUGUGAAAACCUAUAUUGGAAGGCCAUGGAAGCAAUAUUCUCGAACAGUGAUUAUGAGAGCUUUCUUGAUAGUUUGAUAAACCAGGCUGGUUGGUUUGAAUGGAGUGGUAACUUUGCGUUGCACUUAAGAAUGGAAUUUUUGCAGCCGUAG